AUGGCUUCGUCUCAGGCUACGUCUCCGGCCGGUCUCGGCUUCGAGUGCGAAGCCACGGGUAGCCGGCCGCCAGCCAACAUAAGCUGGUUCCUGGACGGCCGACCCAUGGACCCGGGUUUCAGCCACGCGAGUCUUGAAGGCAACGUGUCACGGAGCAUCCUCUUGAUGCCCGCCUCAGAGCGCCAGGCCAGGCUGCUGGAGUGUAGAGCCACCAAUGGACAACUGCCACACGACAGAGGUGUCGUGAGCCGGUUCUUCAAGGUUGAUCUCUCUCACAAGCCCGAGGUGAGCCUUCGGCUGGGCACGGGCCUCAACGGCAGCCACAUCACUGAGGGCAGCGACGUGUACCUGGAGUGUUCCGUGGUGGCUGCGUCAAGGAUCACGGACGUGGCCUGGUACCACGAGGGACGGGAGCUCAAGGGCGAAGGACAGGAGGCCCUGGUAACCUCCCGGUACCUGGUCAUUCGCCGGGUGACCAGGAAGGAGAUGGGACGUUAUACCUGCAGGGCGACCAGCGCCGAGGGAGAGACCGUAGAAAGCCCGCCUUUCUACCUCCGAGUUCAGCACGCCCCAAGAUGCAGGUCCCGCGAAGAGACAAGGAUCCCCCUGGGACCCAACGACGUCGUCAACGUGACGUGUGACGUGGAGGCAGACCCCAGCGACGACCUGUCCUACUCGUGGCUCAUCGAGGACGAUGCCGGCAAGACGAGACCCGUGCCCAGCGCCGGCGCCCAG